AUGUCAAUGACCGGUCAGAGCUCGGGAAGCGAUGGUCAACCUUACGCGACACAACCAGCUCAACCGGAACAGGAAACUGGAAACACCCUACCUCGAGAUGCCAGUCGAGGCGCGGAGGGGUUUGAACCAAUUUCCUUCAAACGAAAACAAAAACGACAGUCCCGUUUCAGCUUAUCCAGCCUCUUCUCGAAUACCGCCGGCGGUUCGGACUUUGGAUUUGGCUUUUCAAGACCCGAAGGGGGACAAAAUGGAGAUGCCUCGCCAUUAGAACCCAAUCUAUCAGCUGAGCUGCAUGGAGAUCCGAACUCCAAAGAUGGCGGUCCCCUGGACUGGUAUGUGGAAGGACCCGGCCGUCGAGUUGGCUACGACGAUUUCACCGCUAUCGAUUGGAUCUAUGAGUAUACAAAGGAACGCCAACGAAAGAGGCUCCUAUACUCCAGCGGCCAAGGUAUUGUUGGCUAUGUACGCAGGGUCGUAGAAGCCAGCAAUGUUUGGAUUGUCCUCAUUGCGACCGGUAUUGCAGUCGGAAUCAUUGCUGCAGCGAUUGAUAUUGCGACGGAUUGGCUAGGGGAUCUGAAGACAGGCUACUGCAAAAGUGGCAGUGGUGGCGGCAAGUUCUAUUUGAACCGAAGCUUUUGCUGCUGGGGGCUAGAUGACUAUACAAAGUGCAUGGAAUGGACGUCAUGGGGAACUGCUCUGGGUGUAUCUUCGACUGGAGGUCGGUACACUGUCGAGUACAUCUUCUACACCGUCUUUUCGGUGGUAUUCGCUCUAUGUGCCUGCCUCUUGGUACGGAGAUUCGCCAUUUAUGCAAGGCACAGUGGAAUUCCCGAGAUUAAAACGGUACUCGGAGGAACCGUCAUUCGGCACUUGAUGGGGCCGUGGACGCUGACCAUCAAGUCGCUUGGGCUGUGCCUCGCAGUUUCAUCAGGUCUUUGGCUCGGGAAGGAAGGCCCGCUAGUGCACGUUGCAUGCUGCUGUGCCAACAUCAUGAUGAAGCCCUUUGACAGCCUUAAUGGGAACGAGGCGAGGAAACGCGAGGUACUCUCUGCUGCGGCUGCAGCUGGUAUUUCUGUUGCUUUCGGUGCUCCCAUCGGAGGUGUCCUUUUCAGCUUGGAGCAAUUAUCAUAUUACUUUCCAGACAAGACGAUGUGGCAGAGCUUUGUCUGCGCCAUGGUCGCCGCCGUCACGUUGCAAGCACUGAACCCAUUCCGCACUGGAAAGAUCGUGCUGUACCAGGUCACUUACACUCGGGGGUGGCACCGCUUUGAGGUCAUUCCGUUUAUUAUUCUUGGUAUCAUCGGCGGUCUCUUCGGAGCAUUCCUUAUUCGUUUAAAUAUCAAGAUCGCCAGAUGGCGACGAUCUCGGUCCUUUUCUCGACCAAUUGUUGAGGUGGUCGUAAUUGCUCUUCUGACGGCCUUGAUCAACUUCCCGAAUCAUUUUAUGAGAGCUCAAAACUCAGAGCUUGUCCAGGCCCUUUUUGCAGAAUGCAGCAGCGAAACAUACGAUCGAUUUGGUCUCUGCGUUACUGGAUCGAAGGCAUUCGGUGUGGUCGCUAUUCUAUUAGUGGCUGCCGUUCUCGCCUUCUUCCUUGCUUCCGUGACCUUUGGUCUCGAUAUCCCGGCCGGUAUCAUUCUUCCAUCCGUUGCCAUUGGUGCAUUGUACGGUCGUGCUCUCGGGAUACUCGUUCGAAUGUGGCAGGAAGCCUAUCCGAAAGCAUUCCUCUUCGCUAAAUGCGAACCCGACAUUCCAUGUGUGACGCCUGGCUUAUAUGCGAUUAUUGGCGCAGCCUCUGCCCUAGGUGGUGCGACUAGAAUGACUCUCUCCAUUGUCGUUAUCAUGUUCGAGUUGACAGGCGCGUUGACCUAUGUCAUCCCAAUUAUGAUCGCCGUCAUGUUGUCAAAAUGGUGUGGUGAUAUCUUCGGGAAGCGCGGUAUCUACGAAUCAUGGAUUCAGCUUAAAGAAUAUCCCUUCCUGGAUCACCGCGACGACACUACCCCACCAGAUGUCUAUGCUCGGCGAGUGAUGACCGUUGUCGAUGAUCUCUCUGUCAUCACUGCAACCGGCCAUACCAUUGGCUCGCUUCAAGCCCUCGUUGCCAAUACCACCUAUCGCGGCUUCCCUGUGGUCUCCGAAACUUCAACGCCGAUUCUCCUUGGCUAUAUCACACGCAACGAGCUUUCCUUCGCUCUGAAACACUCCACCUCUCCCGCCAAUCGCAACCUCUCUGAAGAAACCCAGGUGUUUUUCGCGCACCAGCCAUUUGCAGACCCUGUAGAAACGCUGGAUCUUCGACCCUGGAUGGACCAAACCCCCAUCACGCUCAAUAGUAAUAUCAGUUUCCUGAUCGUGCUACGGAUGUUCCAGCGGCUUGGUUUGCGAUAUGUCCUUUUUGCUAACAAGGGAAUAUUACAAGGCUUGUUGACCAAGAAGGAUGUCUGGUCGGUGCUCAACGGGGUCGAGUUCCGACGGCAAGAGGCCCUUCGAGGCGAUGAAUUCCAGGAUAGCCAUGGGGCCGAAGAGAACCUCUCGACCACUCUCGUUCUCACCCUCAGCCUUCUCAACCACCUCACCGCAGCCCUGCUUGCGCGGUGGUCCAUGCGCCCCGCAUCGUUCUGCCGCAGUCCACCGCUCCUGAUCGCCGAUAAUCCGAUGGCGGGCCAGUCAAUCGCUCCGCGGGACGUUCUUCUAGCGAGCAAAUUUAUAUUGGUCGACAACAUGAUGGUUGAUCCGUUUGAAGUGCGGAUGCGCUUCACGCAGCAGCUCCAGCAUCUCAGCGCUUCGGUCACAUCCUCGCAGAAAGCCGCUCAUUAUGCCUUGAAGUACCGCGACUUGGACGAGGACCUCCAUUCAUGCAUUCUAGAACAGUUAGAGAGGAAUAAUAUGAACAACCGAGCCAACAUCAUGUCCUUCAUCGAGCAUUUUUGCGAAAUGGCCACGAAAGAAGACCACCUUCCGUACGUCCGGAUGAUGCAGCGUGACAUUCUACGCGUGGUGGAUGCAGUCGUACCACCCGAUGGAACGGGUGCAGCAAACGUGAAGCACGUUCGACGAGUACUAGGCAACCUACAGAGCAAAGAGGUCCUCUCCGCUGAAAGCGUGGCUGAGAUCGACGCAGCGCUCAAAGACCGUGACAACCCCCGGAGCAUUAUGAUAUGGAUGAUGAAGGGCGGCAUGCGCGUGGACAAACGACAAAUCGAGCAGAGAAUCGAGGAAGACCGCGAGCGGAACAAACGCUUGAGAGAAAGCAUGUGGACUGUGAGUGGAGAUGACGCGGAUGAGUGGUCAAAAAUCUGGGAUGAUGCCAGUGACAUUGGCGAGGAUGACUUUAUAAACUCCAAGGAGGAAGCCAUGGAGCGGCAACAAAUGGCCGCUGCUUUAUGUGGAAAUAUCUAA